AUGUCGGACGAAGUCUUGAUGCACCUGUCCUCGAACUCGAACCCUUCGGACUCAAACCUACCGAUCAAGAUAGCGAAGCUGGAAGCCCGCAUGGCCGGCAAGGCAACUUCUUCAACUCCAGUGCAGUCUACCUCCUCCACGUGGCAAUCCAGCUCCUCGGUGAAAUUUGGACGACCAGAGGAGUUGUCCGAGCCUUCGACCUCCAGCGAUUCUGACAAUGAUGUGAGCAUCUUAACUUCAUCCUUGUUGACUGUGAUUCAUAUGCUUGAUUAUUGGAUUUCGUCCUUUUGCUCUACAUACGUGUGGACUCAUGAUUUCAUGUAUGUACUUCAUCGAAUAUCUUUAAAAAGGACUGUAACUGCUGGUUUAGAGAGGGAAAAGUACUGUGUGUCUGAUCCAACGGGUAGCAGAUCGUACAAGCAUCCAAUGGGGGAUUUAUCGCUGUAGAAAAAAGGCUGUCAUCACAUGGAGAAAUUGAACCAGCCACAAUUUGAGCUGUAGAUAGUUAAUGGCCGAAUCCCAGGACUGAGAUCAGGAUAAUCGUAGUUAUUUACAAUUUAUUUUAUAUAGCUAUAAAGUUAUGCAUAGCUAUAUGUAGCCAUCCAAUGUUAUUACAAGUUUAUUUUACCAGAUUCACAGUACGUUUUUUACUCACCUCUGCAUGAUCAAUAUUGUUCAUUUGAUUUUGUAUAUUUAAUCAUUCGACAAUUUUCUUAGUUCUAUCUGCUUUCUCUAUAAUACUUAAAUGAGCCAAUUUUGCAUCCGCUCAGGAGAAUGGUGAAGAGUUUCUGAUACAGGCUAACACUCAAAAAAGGCAAAGGACUCAGGAGGAUGAAUCUAAAGCUUGUCAACUUUCUGAGGCAUGUUGCUGCUGUUUCCAUAUAUUUAUAUUUCUCAUGACAGUCUUAGUUAUAUUUACCUCAUGUUAAGAUAUUUUUGAUGCGCAUUUCCACUUAAUGAAAGAGUUGAUGAUUAAUUGUCUUAGUAGACUUCACCAUUCUGAUGUUGGUCUCUGCCCUUCUACUUCUCCUUGAGGUUAUUAUGCAUGCUUUUUGGUUUCUUCCGAUAUAGAUGACCUCUGAUAUCUGUUUGUUGAAGUAGAUUCAAAAGGGAUUUUCUGUUGAAUUGAUUUCUUCAGAGAUAUUUAUGGCACGAUGUUUGGUUCAAUAAGCCUGAAACUUCUGCAUUAAACCCGUGGUUGCUUCUAUUUUUUUUUUAUUGCUAUUAGAUAUUGUAUAUUCCUCCUACUGGUGCAUCAUGGCCUUCUUUCUGGUGUCAAUGACUGUUGUAUCUUACUGUUACUGCACUGUGGAUUACUGGACGAACAGGGAACAACAGAUGUUAAGGUAAAGAUUGCAGAGACUGCAGAGGUAAGGCUAACAACGGAUGGCUCGAGUAAAAGCAAGCAAGGGCGUGGCAGGGGUCGUUCUGGGACAGGAAGGGGGCGUGGAUCAAAGAACAAUGAUUCAUUGCGUCUUUCUAGCAGUUCAACAUCUUCCUUAGCAAACGGACACUUGGAUAAUACAUCACACAAGGUUCUUCUGUUGUUCGAUGAAAGCAUCUCUGGUUUUAUUAUUUCAUAUAUUUUAAUUUUAUUACAGUUCUGUUAAUUUUCAUACAGUCUGUAGAACAUGGAGAUUAUACCAUAUUGAUUGAGGACGAGAAGGAUACAUUAAUUCAUUAUUCCAAAAGUUGAAUUCCUCUUUAUUAGUUUCUAUAAAGUAUCACGUAAUACAUUGGUUAUUAAGUAAUAUUUGAUGAGCAUAAUUUCUAAAAGCCAUCACUUGAAAUUGAUUGUGGCAAUUACUGUUCAACUCUUGUUCAGAUCAUAUUGGUAUCAGGUCAAUCCCUAUAAAUGUCUACAUCAGAUGAUAUAUUGGAUGAUGCGUUCCUUUUUCCCCUUCUAGAGCAGCCUGACUUCAAGUACUAUGCCUAGGAUAUUAUUUCCAGAUAAAAAAUAUGGACUACUUGGUCUGAUUCUAUUUUUUUGCCUAUUUUCUAAAUCUAUGCAGUAAUUUUAUUUAUGUGGAUUCUUAUGUAUGUUCACUUAUUUAGUUACUUUUUUUGCCCUAUCAAUUCAUAACGCUCCUUGAAUUGGCUGACUCUUGUUACAACAUUACGAAAGUUCAUAUCAUUACUAAGAUUAUAGACUUAUAAUCAGGCGCUUCCUUGUAUAAUAUUUAAACUAUAAGAAAGCAUAUCCUCAGUUGUCAUAAAGACACAUUAUGACCACUAAAGACACUUUAUGCUUCUAUAGAGGACAAAAUGUCUCAUUUUCCCUCAAAUUGUCAUAUCCUCAGUUGUCUAUCUUGGAUUCAUCUUGUUUUUCCAUUGCGCUGCUUCUCCCUCAUAAAUUUAAUGUUUUUCACCUCAUUAGUAUCAAAUACUCUUCUGAUUCUGCUCCUUCAGAUUUUACUAUCGUUGAUAUGUAUUUUUUUUAUUUCUAUUCAUUCCUUCUUUUGGUCUUGUCUCCAAAAUCCUUUAGUAUCUUUCAAGAUGAUUAUUAUUAUAUGAUUAUUCUAUCCCUCCUUCAAUCUUUCCUUUUCAUCCUUCACCAAAUUUUAAAGGCAAGAUGCUAUUUUUUUAUGAAACACUUCAGUGCAUUGCGCUGCACAUUGAUGGUUAUGGUAAUUGUUCUUGUCUGACUUCCACAUCAGAAUUUUUUUUACAGGUUUAAUUUAUACGCCCUUCUACUUUUUUUACAUUUUUCAACAUGCUACCAGAUUCCUCAGACUUUAAUCAGUGAAUUCAAUGGAUACCAUUAGCUACCCCAUUCCCAAUAUACUAGUUUUUCAGCUGCCUAUUCUGUCUAUAAUUUAUGUAGCAACUUGUGGAAUCGCUUGUAUUAUUUUUGAACUCCUCAAGGUGACAUAAAAUGUAUGAUACCAUUUUGGGAAACCUUCUAAUUUGUGCCUAUGGAUUAAAGGGAUUGACAUCCCCUCAUUAAGGAAUUUCUCACUAAUCCAUCUAGAUUUUUAAUCAGACAUAAUUUCCCUCCUUAUCCACUUUCACAAGUUAAACUGAUAGCUGCUCUUGCAUACUUGGGUCCAGUGCAUCAUUUAGAUUUUCAUCCUUCAUUCUCUUAGAUUACUGUGACCGUUCAAUAUAUAUCAUGUUUUGGAUGUAAUUUCAGAACAUGAUACAUUCGCUUAACUCGUGAAUGUUGAAUAUUCCUAAAGAUCUAUCCAACUGACCACGUGCUGUUUGCUUGAUGACUUUCUACGUUUUUUAUCGAUUAAUAAUAAAUCAUAUUGCAUGAAUUAGUUAUAUCAUUUUAUAAUUAUUUUCGUAAUUAUCUUUAUAAUUUUAUCUUGUUUGUCAAAUAUUGACUAGUGCUUUGUCUUUUUGCGUUGGCAGUAAGGUGUUCAACCAUUGCGUUGGUUACCUUAAAAUUUUAGACUGUGAUGAGGUUCAAUUCUGACUCCUAAAUGAUAUGAAAGAGUGAUUGGUUUUAAGAAAAAUAAUGAUCUUGUCUUGCUGCUGUAUGGUGCUAACAUCAUUAAAUGGAAAAUUGUAGAUCUCAAUCCUGUUGAAGUGGAAAAAAAUAUUAUUUAGGGUCUCACAUGACUAAGAAAUAUAAAUCAGCUCAGGGGAUUUCUUCUGCUCACAGUCGAAGGUCUAGAUUCUCAAGUAUUGCUGAAUUUUUGUCAUUAGUGGCGGAAAACGAAGUAGGUUGCUUCUAUGUGGUAGCGGGGAGCACAUGCAUUGCAUGAUGUGACAUGUGUGUAAUAUAGUCUCAUGAGGGAUAAAACCAUAAGUGGACUAACUAUCAUUUUACCCGUUUAUUUUAGUCGUUUCAAUAUGUCCAUGUAGUUUAUUGUUUUUCAAUCUCUUGUAAGCGCACCAUUUUUAAAUGCUGUGCUUGGUCAGAUGCUGUAAUUAUCAGGAUGCCUUAGUCCCUUACGUUUUCUGAUGGCGAUGGUGGCCAUGUUCAAAUGCCUGGUUGUAGAUGCGUAAGACUAUUUGCCUUUCCAUUCUGAUCUGUUACGUUAUUGCAUUGUGAUGUUUGAUCAAGUGUAGGUUGACCAGAAUUGGUUGAAUACAUCUGUAACUUUUAUGAUAGCUUACACGCAGCUUUUUUUUAUGAAAUUUGAAUGAUCCGUAUGCAAAAGGGUUGACAAUCUUUCGUGGUUGAUGCCAGGAGAACCGACCUAAAGACCAGUUCUGCAAUGAAGAAAAGUUUUCUUCGCAGGUACUCUGUUGUGAGAGGUUCUUCAUUUUCUUCAACUUAUCUUUAGUUUCUUAGUGCCAAUUCCUUGCUGUAGUUGAUGUAUGAUAGUGGAAUAAUUUAUAAUUUUUGAAAAUUUGGCCAUUUCAUUACAUGUGUUGAUGUAUGCCUAUUUAUUUAUCUGUGAAUUCAUUUGAUUAUUCGGAUCAAAAUUCACCAAAACUUUAUCUUGCUUUCUUAUUGACGGUUCCUUUAGAACUUGAACAUCUAGUCUAAAAAACCUCUCUUCUUGCUAAAUUUUGUCGAUUAGAUAAUAAAUCUUUUAAAAGGAGUUGAUUUUCUCACGAAUGGUGAGCCACUUUGUAAUUAGAAUGUUUCAAUCAACACAUCUUUGCUGGAGAAGAGCAUAGAACUUCCAUGUUUAAACCAUUAUAAAAGAAUUUUAAGUGCUAAGUAGCAAUCUUGCAGUCUGUAUAUUGCCAGAAAAUUAUGAAUGACAAUAGCAUAUCGAUUCUAUUUUUUCUAAUAUUCCUUUUGGUAGUUUAGUUGAUACAAGCCUAUUGGUUUUUACUGAUAUCGUUAUUUCAUGGCAUAUAAUUAGGAAGAGACACCGUUAUUGCGUGACAAGGUUGCUUCGCUAGAGGAGGAGUUGAGUAAGUCACGCCAAGAGUCGAUUAGACAGCAGCAGUUGUGCUGUCAGUUAGAAAAGGUAUUACCAUUUUCCUGUUGUUCUCUAUGAUAUUAUUAUAAGACUCUUGCUUUAUUAAUGAUGCCUCUUGUUGUAAACUUUGGUCGUUCAGGAGUUGAAAGACUUAAAAGAACAUGACCGACAGAUGAAGAUGAAGGUUUGUGUUUCUUGAACACUACACAUCCUUUGGUUGCAAAUUGCCCAUGUUCUGCUGGGAUUAACCAUUUAUUGUGUGUAAAUGGAAGGAUGAAUAAUCUGGUUGGCUUAUAGCGUAGAGUAAAGAUAUGUAGGCUAGUUCCAAUUUUUUUUUCUCAAACAUGAUGUACUUGGUUGCAUGUGGACUUCUCCAUCCAAGUGUGUUUAUUUUGUCUUUAGUUGCUAGGCAUUUGCGGAAGUCAUUACUUGCCAUGGUACCGUGUCCUUGGGGAUCUAAAGAAACUAAAAGAACAGUUUCCAAGAACUGAGUCGGAUUAAGAUACCUGCAAUUGUUAUAAGUACGAAUUGUAGAUAUUUUCUGAAAACAUUAUUUUAUGGCCUUGAAUAUGUGAAUUAUAGAGACGGUCCUAAUUAAUUUUAUCUUGCUUUUUGAGAAGUAUGCUGACUUGAAUGAACAAGCUGGAGCUGAAAAUACGUGGUGUAUCUAAUUACUAGACCAUUUCUUUGGCCUUAUUUUCUUUUGUUGAAGAAACUAAGAUCUGCCAUGAAUUUUCUUCACCUUGCAUAAGCUGUGGAGGUUCCCAAUGUGAAACUUUCUAUGCGUGACUUGUAGCAUCAAUCCCAGUUAUCUAGAGUUGAAGAUACUGUUGUUCAAUAGCAGUGCACAUUUUCUACCAGAGGGCGUGGAUGUUAGUUGGGUUCUUGGGUGUCAUACGCCUUAAUAGGCAAUUUAUUCAAGGGCUACAGGACAUGCUAACUUUGGUUGUAACAUGAGAACAUUGCUGUCUUAAUAAUAAUGUCUCGAGUCCUGAUGCAUUUAGGGAUUUACCUUGUUUCCUCAAACAUCAUGGGCACAUGUGACUGAAGCUGACUGGGUGAUGCUUGGCCUGACUUGCAUGCGACUUCAACAGACCCUCGCCAGAUUACUCAAGUCGGAUCAUCUAAAGAAUGGGAUAUGUUUCGAUCUGGCUAUGUGAUAUAUAAAAGUCAGAGUCAGCCCGACUUACUUCGUUUUCGAGCUUACUAAUUCAGUAAACGAGUUGCAUUUCUCAGACCUUUCUGUACACUGUCAGAUGUAACUUUGAGACAGCUUUAGGCGCAGAAUGAGUGUGUGAUCUGUAGGAGAAUUCAGAGGGACAAGCAAUCUUGUAAGAGAAAGGAUCAAGAAGAAUUUUGGGAGUUAAAAGCCAGUGCCAUGAGUUUCCGUAGUCAUUCUUCUUGUGUUUGGCUAUUUUCGAAGUCUAUUGCCUGUUGUUUAGGUUACACGCAAGGCACCAAUUUCUGUCGACCCAAAAUAAAGUUUGUGAAUGAAUAUCAUUCUUGUGCGACUUUCGUUUUCAAAUGAAUCCACAGUAGAAGCCACUUCUAAAAACUCUCAUCAGAGGAUGCAUGGGUGCAGAGAUACAAAGACUCAUCAGAGAUGACUUUGGGAGAUUAUAUAGAAAAACCUAAACGAUUAAUUAAACACUAUUAUGGAGUUGUUCUAACUUUAGAAAAAUUGUUUGAUGGAUUAAUGGUGGUGUUCAUCUGACGGUAGCAUAUAAAUAUAAUCCGUGAGCUUUUGCAUCAGAUCAGGAGUGUACUUGAGCAGAUCUACACAUGAAUCAGACUCGUUAAAUUGGAACAGUACUCUUUUCCACAGAAAAAUUCUAUGUUCUGUGAUGAAUUUCCCCCCUUUCAAAAAUUUCUGUAGAUGGAGUGUUCAAUGUUGAUAAUUGGAAGUAGGAUAAAUUCGAAUAAUCAACAAUUUACACAAUUUUAAAAAUAGAAUAGCACAUUGCUAUAUCUUUAUUUACAAAUAUUAUCCUUGUUUCAUUAGAGAUAAGUAAAUUGUUCGAUGUUAAACUAUUAGAUAAUUUUCAGAUAUCAAUUGACUUUAUUGGUUCAUAAAUAAAAUCAUUCUGAAUCUUGACCCCUUAUUUUGUUCUUUCUUUGAAAUGUGACCUAAAUUGCUCGUUGCCUUUUACAUCCCUAAUAAGAUAAUGGAUAAAAUAAUCUUUCUGAUGUCUUUUUUCUUGUUCCUUUCUUUCUGCAGCGGAUAAAAGUGUUGUCUGAUUUAUUGAUAGCUGUUUCGAAAGCAGAGAGACAAGAAGCUAGAAUAAAGACGCAACAAGAGUCCAUGCGGCUUGGCAAUGUGGGUGUAAUCAGGUAGCAUUCUAUCUACAAAUGCUUCUUUUAAAUCUUAACAAGAUAAAAAGUUUUGUCUUCCUCAUGUGAUGUUUAUUUUCUCGUAAAGUUUUUUUCUAUCUUUUAUUUUCUCAUAUAGUGGAGAAAGAUGAUUUCAAAAUAUGCUACUGUGUUGUUCAUUAUUACUUAUUGUUUCCGAUUUGACAUAAAGUUUUCCCUUCUCAUUCCCUGGGAAUUUGAAGGCAUCUACUUGAAAUUCAUAAAAAAAUGUUUUUUAUAAUAUACAUCAAGCUUUUAUUAUGUGUAAAUUUCAAUUCAGUGAUGCAUGUUAUAAAAAAUGUCGGCAAACCAGCCACCGUUUCCAAUGUAAGCAUAUACCUCGCCUUGAUGGUUCUUAAUAGAGUCUAGGUCAUAACAUUAACAUAAUUUUAAUGCUCUUUCGUGUGCCCUUUCUCUGUUUUGGAACUGAAAAUAUCUAGAAGUAGCUCAAGGGUUGUAUUUGAACUUCCUCUUCAAAGGUAGAAUCGCUGUAGAUUACUGAUAACCUAUGCAGAAGCUUGAGGGUUGCUAUGUAAAAUUCUGAUUUUUCAUUUAUCUUCAAAUGUACUGGGAAUUAUUUUUAGGGUUCGAGAAGGAUUUAGUAAUUUUUUAUAAUUUUUAACAUCCCUAUAUAUGCUGCUCUUAAGUUUAUUCAUUUUUCUGUUCUGUUUGGCUCUAUGAACGUCAUCAUGACGUAUUAAUAUUAUCUGAUCGUUUCUCCCAAAAUUGCAGAGCAGGGACCAUCGUAUCUGAGACAUGGGAAGAUGGGCAAGCGCUGAAAGAUAUCAAUUCCCAUCUUGUAUGUUCAUUCUACUCAUUUUCCAUUUUGAAUAUUUUGCACGGUUUUGAAGUUGCAUUGUUGACUGUUUACAGGUGGAAGAUGUCAUUGGAGGGUUGAGGGAGGUUGAUUGGGUUCGGGGGGGGUGGGUGUGAUGUAGGCAGGGUAUGGUAGUUGGGGUUGGAUAGGGAGGAAGGGCAGAUUAAGUCGACUUGUGUCAUAACUUAACUGUACAGUCUUACUCAGAUUUUUUACUCUCCUCUUCUCGAUAUGAUAUUUAGUUGACCAACGGCGAUUUGCUGUGAACCACUUCUUAAUGUGCAUUCCUUCUCAUGGUACUAAGCACUCUCAUGUACAUUUGCAUGCCCAUAGUAUGUAGAUGAUAAGUGACUGCGAACCAAAUAAAAUUUUGUGCCAUGAGUACAUAAUACUUAUGGUCAUAACUUAAUGAUAUGCUGUUUCUCUUUGAUGUUGAAAUAGUCUUCAUCGACACUUAAAAAUUCGGAAGACUUGAUUUUAAAAAUUAUCACGUGAAAGAAAUGUUUCCAUAUAACUAAAAUUCAUCUUGCCUACCUUCCAAAAAAUAAAGCAGAGAAUCGGUUGGAAUUGCUCUCUACUAAAGGACUUCAGUGAUUUUAGCAUGUGAUGUCAUCAGUUGCUUAGAAUUCUAGCACCUUUUCUUCCACUUUCUUUGUCCACUGAGAGAUGUUUACGAAACUUAUCUAUAGGUGUAGUGAAGUACUAAAAAAAUAUGUACUGAAGUGAGGAUUCCCAGCCUGAUAACCUUUGUAAUUUUCCUUGUUUUCCCUUCCCUUUGACACCACAUGUUAAAGCUCUUCUUGAUGAUUAGUCUCUAUUGGUAUAAUCUGCCGCUGAACUUUUUAGAAAUAUCAUGUUUUUUUAAAAAUGGGUUGUACUUAAUCACGGAUCAUAAAAGAAGCUCUGAAUAAGUUGUAGUGAUAUCUUCAACUUCUUUGACAAGAACUUGGGGCGGUGACCACUUUCCAACUUGCAUUUUUAUGCUUUUCAUUCUACAUUGGAGCACAACCAUUUCUUAUGCUUAGCUGUUAGAGCUCAAGUAGUAAUCUUGCUGUGGUAUUUGUAGGUUGAAAGUUUAAACUGCAUUAUGGAGAAUUGUCACAUCUUUCGAAUGUAACUAUUUCUGUGAAAAACUAAGGGGAAGGAAUCACCUAAGCUCCUUCCCUUGUUGGCUAGGAAAGAGGAAGAUGACCGUUGCCUUGGUCACCUUGGGUAUCUUGACAACCUCGAAUGAAAUCUUAUUUCAAAGUUCAUUGAUGCACUUUAAUUUAGAUCAUCUUUUCCGGAUAGUCCAUCGUGGGGAACACUUAUUCUCACCUUCUGGUGGUAGUCCUCUAGGGAAAAAUCAUGAGUUCAUGGUGCAUUUCUCACUCUCUCUUCAUAUAUUCUCUUGAAAAGUAUAACAAUAACUUAAACUCUUCCCUUGUGUUGGGUAAGCUCAAUUUCAGAAUGUCUUUCAUAUCCAAGCUCGAACUCACCUCAAACAUGAACUCUAUUGGAGUUUUUAGAGGUUGGUGUCAGAUUGCUUUCUGAGAGAUGUUUCAUGAGAUCUCAAUCGGAGUUCAUGUUGAUGGGAUAAAGCUUUUCGACUAUUAUUAAGGCAAAUAAUGAUGUGUGACCUGGAUUUCUGCUUAAGGAUGUUCUUAAGCAAUAGAGACACUAAACUAGUGAUUGACAAUAAUGAGAUAAGUAAUGAUGAAAAUAUCAUGUUUCCAUUUUUCUGCGAGAAUUUUUUUUUUCAUGUGUUUUUUCUCAUGGGUUUGGACGAUAAACAUUGAUAUUCCCGAAUUAUCAAAAAUAAAACUUCUACCUCUUUACAUUGUCUGGUUAUGUGCCUUAUGUAUUUCUCCCCCUUUUUUUUACGUGUUCUGUCAUACGGAAGGAAAAAAGCCUUAACAAGUAGUGGUUAAAAUAUCAUUCAUGCUUGAUGGAUUGUUACCUAAACGUGUAUGAACUCAUUGCCAGUUUUGCCUUCACAGCGAUUUUUGUUGGAGACAAAGGAGGCCAUCGAGAGACAUAGGAAAACGCUAAGGAAGCGUCAAUCUGGUAAUUUCUUCGAAUGUAUUUCGCAUAAUAACCCUAACAUUUUCGUAAAGCCCGCAUAGAAGCAUCCCAUUGAGAUUUUAUCAAUAUCUUGUUCUUCUCGUCUGUUAUAUGUCAUACAGUCAGUGACUAGAUUUCUAUGGAAUUCCUUGUGUGCUUCUUAGGCUUAUUAAAUUCUUGUUGAAUAAUUGAUUCCAAGAGAUUAACUUGUUAUUCAGGAAUGAUGGAUUAUGAGGAAUUUCUUAUAUUAAGAUGACAGUUUCCUCUACCAUAAUGGGAAACUCAUGCUUGAAUGUGUUGAGAAUUCAGUCUGAGUAAUUACUUUCUUAUUGAUGCAUAGGGCCUUGGCAACUCUGAACAUAUUUUGAUUCUCUCUGUGGGUAAAAUAUUCUAGAAUUUGAAUCAUGAAGAUGGAGUUUGUGCUUCAUUAUUGAUUUUGAUAAUUAAUCAAAUCCUCGAAAUUGCAUCAUUUUUUAUGUCCUGUUACCUUGGAUAAAGCUUUUCAUUUGACGGUAACAUGAUCUUCAAUGGUAUAUAUUCAUUCUUGAUAUAUCUCUUGAUUACUUUUAAUAUGGGGCUUCUUGUUAAUUUAUCAGUUAAAUCCCGUUUUCUUUUCUCCUUUUUGUUCAGCAGAUAAGGGUGAUGGAAGUGAUGAAUUAGUGAUAUCAGAGGAGGAUUUUCUUAUACAGGAUGAAAUUUGCAAAUCUCGUUUAGCAAGUAUCAAACGUGUAAGAUUCUGUCUUCCAAUUUUUCAUUUAGCAAUUAAGUGACACUUUCUGUGUUGUAACAAUCUUGUUCCUAUGCUUCUUGAAAUUCUCUUUAGGAAGAAGAGUCUUCCAUGAGGGAAAGAGAUCGUUAUGAGGUUGAAAAAGGAAGGCUAAUACGAGAAAUGAAGCGCAUAAGAGAUGAGGAUGGAUCCCGUUUCAAUAGUUUCCAGAUUCUCAACAACCGCUAUGCUCUCAUGAACCUUCUUGGGAAAGGAGGGUUCAGUGAGGUUUAUAAGGUGCAAAUCUUAUGCAUAUUUUAUCUUUGCUGUUAAUCCUGAAUACUCCUGUGGAGAGUAACUAAUACCAGAGAUAUAGUUAAUUUUAGAAACUGGAUAUCUAGGGCAAAUCGUUGCCCUAGAUAUCUUUUCCCACUACCUUCGUUUCCAGUUUUUCCUUUAUUGGCAAUGGUGAGCAUACACUUUUUUGCAGUGACAGUGACUUGAAGUGGAAACUUUUAAGCAGGCAUUUGACUUGGUGGAUUAUAGAUACGUCGCGUGUAAGCUUCAUGGGUUGAAUCCCCAGUGGAGCGAGGAGAAGAAAAAAAGUUAUAUAAGACAUGCAACUCGUGAAUACGACAUUCACAAGACACUGGUGCAUCCUCACAUUGUGCGAUUGUGGGAUAUCUUUGAGAUUGACCACGACACAUUUUGUACUGUUUUAGAGUAUUGUAAUGGUAUGUAAGCUUGAUCUUUUUCUUUAUUGUUGAGCUUAGUUUCCUGUCAUACUAUGUUGAAUUUCCUCCCUUUGAAUAUUUUUCAUCCUGUUGAACUUCACUUCCCCCUUUCUUCUCUCAUAGUUUUCAAAGGUCUUCCGGUUUGGAAAAUCUAUCUAUGGCACGGAAUACUCUUUCAUCCUUCGUUUGUCUGCUCCCAUUGAUUUUUUUUCUCCUCUGAAUUAUUUAAGGAAACAAAGAAAGCAUAGGGAAUUGAUUAAGAAUUAAGGGAUGUGAAUCUUUAGAAAUUUCUGCAAAUAUUUUGUCUUGCAGCCGGUACUCUGCUCUUACUGUCCUUAACUCCUUGAUCCAUUUCAAGAAGCCUACCAUAAAUUAGAUAGUAGUCUUGUGGUGGCAAUUUUAUAUUCUUCUUUCCUACAUGGACAUGGUAGCAGAUUAUUGCAAUCCUUGUAAUGGAGUUCGUGGUGUUAAGGAAAAUAUGUGCUAUCAUUGGAUCAAAGUUCAAAUGAACAUCAUGUUCUGGCUAUCAUGGCUUGUUGCGUAGUUCUCACAACCAGAUUAGAAGCUUUCUUUUUGUUAUUAAUCCGGAUCUGCACUUUCUGGGUUGUUGUGCAUGACAUUGAUCUAGUCGUACCUGCUUUUGGAUCAUAAAUGGGCAAUUAUGUGAUUGACUAAGAUGGAAACGCCAUUAAUCUUUUAUGAUUUAUUUAUUUAUUUAAUGCGCAUCAUUUAUUCUAUGAAAGUGAUCGUGGUUAUCUACUUUUGAAGACGAAUUGCGUGAGAAAUGUGCAGAAAUUGAGACAGUUGAACCUAAUUUGUUGCAAUCUGCAUUCUUCACCAGGUAAGGAUCUUGAUGCGGUUCUUAAAGCGACUCCUAUUCUUCCCGAGAGAGAAGCAAGGAUUAUAAUAGUUCAAAUAUUUCAAGGUCUCGUAUAUUUAAAUAAGAGACCACAGAAAAUCAUUCAUUAUGAUUUGAAGCCUGGAAAUGUACUAUUUGACGAAGUUGGCAUCGCAAAACUAACUGAUUUUGGGCUUAGCAAGAUAGUGGAGGACGAUGUCGGAUCCCAGGGUGUUGAACUUACUUCCCAAGGAGCUGGAACAUAUUGGUAUGCUCCCCUAUUUCCACUUCGUACUUACAAAGAACAUUAUUUGUCGUUUAUUCUUCCUAGAUUGCAAAUGUUUUAGAUAUACCCUGUAAUUGUGUGCGUUGCACUCUUUAUCCUUGUAUGGAAACCAAACAAGUUCUGAUCGGUUCUCUGCUGUUGAAUUUCUUUUACCACAUUACUUGGUAAAAGCUGUUGGCGGUAUCAUGACGUCUAAUAUCAUAAAUCUUUUCUUUUAAGAUCAAUAAUAGAGUUCGGUGGAAGUUUCUCUUGGAUCAUGCCUUUUUCUUAUCAACAGAUGAGCGUAGGCAUAUACUAGAUAGUUUUUAAAUUGUUGAAGAAUCAUGGAUUUAAUGGCUACUGGUAAUAAGGGCAAUGCGCCUCUGUAGAGAUUCAACUUAAUUGUCUUAGGGAAAGUGAUUCAUGUUUGUGUUCAGUGCUCUCUUAAUUUGAAAAAUUACAGUUCGUUUCUUCCCAAUGUCAGAGAUAAAAUAGUUGAGAUGCUAAGCUGUAUCAUUGCCAUUGUAAAAUACCAACGCAGAGAAUGGUUAAUGCCAGAUCAGAUAUGGAGCUCUUGUAUCUGGGUGGCAUGUGUAGAAAAACCAAGAUCAGAUGUAGCUGAUCGAAAGUGACCGGAAUCUUGGGAUCAAUCUGAAAUCAUCUUGACUAAGUUGAGAUUAGUAGCCUGUCAAAUUUCUGGUCUUUUUUCUUUUUUUUUUUGUUCACCCGGAUAUGCAUGCUUAAGUGGGUUGGUCUCAAUGGGUUCUGAAUUCAGGUUCAUCCUUAAACCAGCGGGUGGGGUAUCAAUACGAUGCUUGCAUGUGAUUUCAUGCCUCUCCACCAUCUUUUGUUCAUGUUAUCCAUGUUUUGAUCACUUCAGGUUCAGGAAAACUGUUCUUAUCGGAGAUCAAACGGCCUCCAUUAUUAUAUUUUAACAUUGCAGCGACUGAAACUAUCUCAGAAGCUUUUUAUGUUCAAAUGCAGUUUUGUCCCUAACCUGUUACCAUACUUUUUACAAUGAAUUUAUUACAGAAAAUGUAUAUAUAUAUUUUUUAAAACUCGGAGUCGUCCCAUUUAGAGUGAAUGAAUGACCUUCAACAGGCUAUGCAUAUUGUAUCGGAUGUACCAAAAAAUGUAGCCAUUCAGAAACCAUAUUGUGGGUUGAGUUGAGGUGUAAACUAGGCUUCUGCAGAUAUAAGAGACCAUCUUCUUGUCAAACUUCUAUUUCGGGUAGUACACAAGCUUGUAGGAGCUAAUCGAUUCCCUAGUCUAACUUCAGAACUGUGCUUUUUCGUUCCAUAAUUUUGUGAACGUGUUCCUGCUAUACUAGCUAGGAGACCAUUCUCUGAUCUCAUACCGUCUUUCUUGAAUCUAGUUAUAUAAGGUCAGCAAUGCCUACCCUUUAUCGAUAAUUUCUCCUUACGUUUAUAGAUCCAUUGAAUAGGCUCUCUCUCUCUCUCUCUCUAACUGGGUAAAUUUCUUUUUCUCUUGGCACUCGAAAAUAUUGGUUUACUCCUGCUGGUUCCUCUCUCUUUAUUCUACUGGUUCUUUAUGUUCUUCGCUUUGGGCUCCUAUUUUUAUGAAGAAAUGCCGUCUAACCCUGAUGGUUCUGUCGCUGUUCUUCAGGUACUUGCCCCCAGAGUGUUUCGAAUGCAGCAAAACGCCGCUGAUAUCAUCAAAGGUCUGUACAAAUGAACUAAUCGGCAUGUUCUUGGGCAGUAAACUGACCAGGGAAUCUAAUCUCCGCCCCUCUGCUGUUUUUUUCUCUGUUUUUUUCAAUCUCUGCUGCCUUGAGUUACGUUACUGACUAAGGUUCUUAGAGUGAAAUAAUUACUUUCCAUAUGAACUAUACCAUGCAUGCUCCAGUUCUUCGCUAGGGAAGUCUCGUAGAAGGCCUUCUUCCUCGUGAUCUGUCAUAUUUUGUGUCUAGAGCCGACCUUACGAGGCUUUGAUCAUGUUUAUAGCAGUCUUGUUUGAUCCAAGGGAGCCGCGUGUUAAAAAAAAAGCUGUGGGUCUGUGAAAGCGCAGGUGGAUGUGUGGUCGGCUGGUGUCAUCCUGUAUCAGAUGCUCUUCGGAAAGCGCCCGUUCGGGCACGACCAGAGCCAGGAGAGGAUCCUCCGCGAGGCCACCAUCGUCAAUGCCCGGAAGGUGGAAUUCCCUUCUCGGCCCGCUGUCUCAAACGAGGUGAAGGUGAUUGCUUCCCUCUCUCUCUCUCUCUCUCUAUCUAUCUAUCUCUCUAUCUAUCUCUAUCUCUUUUGGAGAUUUGGUGAUCUUCCUGCAUUAUUUCUUCAUUGAUUGCUGUAACUCAUCUCUAUCCCUGCCGUUUCAUCCAAGCACCGCCUCCAUCGAUCUGGGUCCUGUCUCUCUCUCUCUAAUCUGCUUGUGUUUUUCUGCUUCUGUGGUGGGUCUCUCAGGAGCUGAUCCGGCGGUGCCUGACGUACAACCAGGUGGAGAGGCCCGACGUGCUCACGCUGGCCCAGGACCCGUACCUCUCUUAUGCCAAGAAAUAA